AUGGAGGAAAAAAUCAACCUUAAUGGAGGCUGUGAUUUUUUCUCUUGGGUCGACCCUCCUACCUGUGACCGGCCUGAAAAAAUCAUGCCUGGGUUAGUGAAGAAGAUGAAGGCACUGGAGAGAGCAAAUGAAAACUUCAAAUUUGAGAAUACCAAAUUGGAGGAGAAGGUUGAAAAACUGGAGGAGAAAAUUGAAAAAUUACAGAAAAAGGUUGAAAAAUUGCAAGCAUUGAACAAGAGGUUGGUUGAAAAGAAAGAAAAAAUGGAGAUGAAAAUGGGGUUUGCAUUGGCUAUAGCAGCUUUGUUGUGUAGAGAAACAGAGAAGGAGGAUAAUGGAAGACAACAGCUUGCCCAGCAUUUCAUUGUCAAAACUCAACUGCACAACUCAACCAUUUCAUUGUCAACUAAACUCAACUGA